AUGGAUAACAAGAGUGGAAGCAUUAUUGAUGUCUUGUCCGAGGCCAAUGCAAGGGUUCUGUUUAGUGCACUGGAUGCGAUCGAUGGUCCCAAAAUAAUUACGUGGGAUCCUGCUCUUAUCAAACAAUUUAACUUGGUGACAACAACAGAAGAGCUAAAGGAGCACAAAGUUGUAUCGAUGUUACAAUUGGAUCUUUCACCAAGAGUACCACAGGCAGAGCAUAAUCAUGUCAUAUAUAUCUUAUCGACAUCAAAUACAUCAGUAAUCAACAAACUGAUCACAUGUCUUAAACAUGCUCGAUCCAUUAAUGAUAACCGCCAGCAUCACGCUUUGAUAGUUCCAGAAGCCUCAUUUAUGAUUCGAGAUACGUUAAAACAAAAUGGAGAAGCAAGCUCAAUUUUGAAAACACUUGAAUCAUUGCCAUUGAGACUCUUUCCGCUUUACGAUGAUUUCCUUACCCUUUUUAUGGAUGAUUUGCCUUCAAAACUUCUAUUAGAUAAUGACUGGACGGAACUACAGAAGUGCGCUUCAGCCGUACGACAACUUGAGCUUUUAAUGGGUUGUUCACCCAACUUAAGAUGGAAAGGAAAAUGGGCAGCCCAAGUAGUUGAAAUUGUAAGGAAAAUGAGAACUCAGGAAGAAACGGAAGCUGUGUCGGAACAUAAUGAUUUUCAAAUAUCAGAUAUUAUUCUAAUCGACAGAUGGAUUGAUCCUCUAACACCUCUAUUGAUACAGUUAACGUACGCUGGUUUAGUUGAUGAAGUAUUCGAUAUGGGUGCUACAG